CAAAGUGGCAUUAUUAAGUUAUACGUAAGGUGGUUUUAAUCUUUAAACAUAAGAUUCACACAGGACAUUAUGAAAUAAAAAUCAAGAUUUUUAAAGUGAUCAUACUUUUUUAUAAUAAAUAUUAAUUUUUAAAUUAGAAAAUUUUUAUUGCGAAUAAAUGUUAUCACUUUUAUAAUUGCAGGUACUACUAUUUCUGAGGAAGCAAUAUCCGAUAUAGAUGGAAGAAUCCUGUUAACAAGCAGAAGUAACACCUGAAGAUGUUUUCUUUAACAUUAUUUAUAAUAACACAACCAUAUCCAGAAAUAUGGCGAGAUGAAAAAGAAAAAUAUUUUUUAAAUCUAAAAACAAAAAAUAUAGAAGCUUUUCCAUCUUUAUAUGAAAAAUGGAGUGUACAUUUAAGUGUUGUUAUACCAGCAUAUAAUGAAGAAGAAAGAUUGCCCUUAAUGUUAGAUGAAUGUUUGGAAUAUUUGGAAAACCGAUUAAAAAAUGGAUGUACUUAUGAAGUAAUUAUAGUUAAUGAUGGAAGUUCAGAUAAAACUAUGGAUAUUGCUCAUAAGUAUGCAAUAAAAUAUGAAAAUAUUAGAGUACUAAAUCUUGUUAAAAAUAGAGGAAAAGGUGGAGCAGUAAGAUUGGGUAUAUUAAGUGCAAGAGGAAGUGUAAUACUUUUUGCAGAUGCAGAUGGUGCUACAAAGUUUAAAGAUUUAGAAAAAUUAGAUAAUAGUUUGAAAAAUAUUUUAGGAUUUGAUUAUAUAACUAAACCAAAUGAAAUUAGUUAUUCUCAUGCAAUAGUAUGUGGAUCAAGAGCCCAUUUAGAAAAAGAAGAAACUGCCAAAAGAACUUUUUUCCGAUUGUUAUUAAUGCAUGGAUUCCAUUUCCUAGUAUGGUUUUGGGGUGUAAGAGGUAUUAAAGAUACACAAUGUGGUUUUAAACUUAUAACACGCGAAUCUGCAAGAGCUGUAUUUCAAGCUUUACAUAUUGAACGUUGGGCAUUUGAUGUAGAAAUGUUAUAUAUUGCAAAAAUGUUAAAUAUUCCUAUUACGGAGAUUCCUGUGAACUGGACAGAAAUUGAAGGGUCUAAAAUUGUACCCUUCUGGAGUUGGUUACAGAUGGGGAAAGAUUUAUUUUUUAUUUGGUAUAAAUAUAGAAUUGGAGCAUGGAAAAUAAAAAGAUUUAAACAGAUGUAAAAACAAAUGCAACUGAAAAUAUUUAUAAAAAUUUUUAUUUAAUAUAUGUACUUUUAUUUGAUUCAUAUUUUUCCAUUAAAAUUAAAAAGAUAUCAUAUUUGAUAUAUAAAAAUAUUUUUCCUUUGUAAGGAAAAUUUAUGAACGAUUAAACAAUUUUUAUUUUACACAAUCAUAGAGGAAACUAUAAUGAAUUAUUAUUAAUAUUUUUAAAAUUACUUAAUAUUGUAGAUUAAUUUAAUUAAUAAGGUAUAUUACCUCUAUUUUAUAUUUAUUCUUUUAAUGUGUUUUAAUAUGUUAUAACAUGUAUCAUAAUUUUGUAAACAAAUAUUUUCGAUUCAAUUAAUAAAUUCAUUAAAAUUUUAAAA